AUGACAGAGAUCGGAGGUGAAAGUUUUGAAUCAAAGGAUAGGAUGUCAUUACGCGAAAAACAUAAUAUUAUAAGUGGUAAAUUGGAUGAUAGAAGUUAUUAUUUUAAUAAUAACUGGGAUUUGAUCCAUCAAAUUACUAGAGCAUCAUCAGUAACUUCUGAUUUUAAUUCACCUCUGAUUUUGUACAUAGGAUUAUGGUCAGGAUAUAUUUUAGAAAAAGGAUUAUUUGAAACUUUGACUAUAUGA